AUGGCGCCCCUCACGGUGGCCGGCAUCCUGCAGGAGCUGGACGACCUCGUGGGCGACCAGCUGCAGGUGGUCACCUACAAGUGGCUGGGCCGCCGCUUCAACGUGCCCUACGACACCUCCAAGCGCAUCCUGUUUGAGUUCCUCACCCGCCACCCGCAGGCAAGCCACACGCCGUCGCAGCAGCAGCGCAAGAUCAAGGCCACCUUCCUGCUCAGCGGCUGGGCCAGCGAGGCGGGGGAGGCGGCGCGGCAUGUGGUGCGCGUCGUGGAGGGGCAGCAGCUGGAGGCGGAGAAGGCGCGGCUGGAUGUGGUGACCGGCAUGCACGUCUACUCGGUGCAGCCGGGGGUGCCCAAGGACGCGGGAGACCUCUACAAUGCCGACUACGCACAGACCGAGGCGCUGUUCCGCAAGCUGCUGGCCAGCUCGGCGGGCGAGGCCGAGGCCAACCCCCUGGCCUCCAACCUGCUCAACGCCGUGCAGUGCCCCGGCAUGCGCUUCGACCCAGCGCUGGCAGCCCGCCGCCCCAGCCCCGCCUCUGCCGACGCCGGCUCUGGCGCGGCAGCGGCCGCCAAGCCCGCCCAAGCCAGACCGGCGCCUGUCCCAGCGGCAGCCGCCGCGCCUGCGGCGGCCCCACCAGCGGCUGCAGCCAAGGGCAGCCCGCCGGCUAAGGCUUCCGGCGGCGGCGGCAAGAAGCCCAGCCCCGCCGAGGGCGGCAAGAAGGCCAGCGGCGGCGCCUCCUCUGGCGCCGGGCUGUCUAAGAUGACAAAGAUGUGGGGCAAGGCGGAGGCCAAGGAUAAGGAGAAGGCGGCAGCCGCCCAGCAGGCCUCCGUCGCGGCAGCAGCAGCAGCAGCAGAAAAGCGGAAGGAGGAGGAGGAGGCUGCAGCGGCGGCAGCAGCGGCCGCUGCGUCCUCAGAUCCAUUCGACAGCGAGAAAGAGGAGGAGGUUGUGCUGGGCAAAGGCAAGAAGUCGCGGCAGCUGCUGGACGAUAGCGAGAGCGAGGAGGAGGAGCAGGCGCCUCCACCCGCCAAGCGCGGCAAGGCCAGCCAGCCCGCCGCUGGCGGCAGCAAGAAGGCGGCGGCUGCUUCGGGCGAGGGCGGCGGCAGCAAGAAGGGCGGCGGCAAGCGCAAGAAGCCUGCCAAGGCACCGGAGGAGGGCGAGGGGGAGGGCGGCGAGGAGGCGGAGCAGCAGCCGCCAGCUGGCCCAAAGUACGGUACCGUCAAAGUGCGGGACCCGGCGCCAGGCGCCAAGCGGAUGCGGCUGGUGCAGAAGAUCUCUUACAACAGCGACGGCGAGGAGGUGACACAAAUGGUGGAGGAAGAGGCGCUAGAGGAUGAAGGUGGCCCGCCCCCCGACGUGCAGCGGCAGCAGCCCGCGGCGGCGGCACAGGCGCCCAAGCAGCAGGCGGCGCCCGCCCCCAAGCCAGCACCUGCCAAGACUUCGGGAGGCGGUGGCAAGAAGGGCGUCAAGGCGCCGCUGCCAGGGCAGCAGGGGAUCAUGAGCUUCUUCGGCAAGAAGUGA